UAGAUGGCAGAUCAGAUAGCAGUUGACAGUGGUGUCUCCAGCACAACAACCUCCACACUGAAGGUGAACUUGGACGCACCUCGGUUUGACCAGAGUACGUUCUCGGGUCGUGCCAAACACUUCUUCACCAUCACAGACCCUCGCAACCUGCUGGCAACCUCAGGUCAACUAGAGGAAGCCAAGUCAUUGGUGUUGCAGUACAGACUAGGAAAGCUGGCGUCCAACGUGACGGAGGAUCAACUGUGGCAGGCCAAGAACCUGUACGACUCGGCCUUCCAUCCCGACACUGGCGAGAAGAUGUUCCUGAUUGGCAGAAUGUCGGCACAGGUGCCCAUGAACAUGACCAUCACUGGGCUCAUGAUGACCUUUUACAAAACCACACCUGCAGUCAUUUUUUGGCAGUGGAUUAACCAGUCCUUUAACGCCAUUGUCAACUACACCAACAGAAGUGGAGACUCUCCAAUCCCAGUGAGGACAUUGGGCAUUUCGUACGUGUUGGCAACAACAGCUGCAACAGGGACGGCUCUAGGACUGAACUCAGUCGUCAAGAACAUUGCUUCACCUCUCAUCGGACGAUAUGUUCCGUUUGCUGCUGUAGCCGCUGCCAACUGUAUCAACAUCCCCUGUAUGAGGUCCAGGGAACUGACGAAUGGAAUUCCGAUCAGCGAUGAGAAUGGAAACCGCGUGGGCGAGUCUCGUCGAGCAGCGUCAUUGGCCAUCACUCAAGUAGUGGUGUCUCGUAUUGUCAUGGCGAUGCCAGGCAUGGCUGUACCACCUAUCAUUAUGAACUACAUGGAGCAAAAGGGCAUCCUUCUUAAGCGUUUCCCAUGGUCUGCCGCUCCCCUCCAGAUUGGCAUAAUUGGUGUCUGCCUGGUGUUUGCGACUCCCUUGUGUUGUGCCAUUUUCCCACAAAAAAGCUCAAUGUCAGUGACGCUGUUGGAAUCAGAGGUACGCGAUAAACUACCUGCUUCUACAACCCGAGUCUACUUCAACAAGGGGCUCUGAGGCUGGCGACCUUGUCGUCAAACAGAUACAGGGACAGGGAACAAAUGACAGCAUUAACUUUGGAUUUUUAGGUAGAUGGUAUGAAGUGAUAACAAUUUGGUCCAAGUUUGAACACAAUAGAGCCAGUGUCAGUGAUUGUCAACAACCUUCGUAGGAACCAAGCAUAUUUUUGCUUCAAAAUCCACUCCAGCCCAUUAGACAAGUAACCCGCAAACUGAAAAAUCAUGUGGCAAUGGAGAGGACACCGCCAUAUGCCAGACGAAAAUCUCCCUUUGACCUCACAAACUCAACAGGCAAGUUAUGUUCCAGCUGUAUGCUGCCGGGUUUACAUUGUAAAAUCGGUGCAUUUGAAUUGGUUGUGAUAGUGGCACUUUUCACUCAGAGUGCAUGUUAUAUUGUAUCAACAAAGUGAUUGAACUUAUUGACAAGGAAGGUAUUUCACUUAGCUGCUCCAUGGUUCCCUUCUUUGAAAUUGAAAAAUGAAAAAAUGCUUGAGAACUAUAGAGUCAUGAUGAUACAUGUGCAAUUUUAGUCUUCAGUACCACCAGAGUAUACAUCGAGCCCAAUCGGUAUUGAACAGUUGUCCCUCAUAUAGCUGGUGCAUCAAAUGUACCUCAUACUAGUACUGUUUAUACUGUGAUGUAGUAAUUAAUUCUGUGUGUUGUAUCCCCUUCAAGCCAUAGUCUUUAGACAAACUUGUAAAGGAAACAGGUAAUGUGAGGUAGAUAUUUUCAACCAUGUGUGUGCAAGAUUGAAAAUUGGAAAUUGUGAUCAAGUGUUGUAUUGACAAUUACAAAAUAAGACAUGGAAGUUGUGUGGAACCUUAGAACAUAUAUUAGAUGUUGUAUGGCACCUUAGAGCAUACAUUUGGUCCAUGUAGCAAUAAUAUUUGGAGCCACACCAACCAUUUACCCUUCUUAGAUUUUUUCCAAUCAAAACUCUUGGGUAUCCAGAGUACAUAAAAUACUACUGCUUCUUAUUGUCUUCAUUGAGCCUGCUUCAUUCCGUCUUCAUUCAAAUGUUCGUCAAGUCUGUUGUCAAGCAUUCAGUAAUAUAUCCGAUGACGCCAGAUCAAAUUGCUGAUUCCCAAAAAUUUCAAACUCUACCUCCAAUUGCACCUGUUAACAUAAAAUGGGCAAUUAGUCAAUUCACCUCAAAUCAUAUAGGGGGGCCAAACAUCCAUGGCAAACAUAUCAUAACAAUGAAAUAAGUAGCUUUGUGUGACUAAAAUAUUUCACGUGGUUGAGAAGAUUAGGAUCAUUAGUUUUUAGUACCAGUGGUUGGGAACUGAAAUACUCUACAUGCCUUUAAGUUUGCGGGGAUUUAAUUUUUCAGUAGGAAGAAAAUGGAGUGUCUGCAGUGUUUUACAGUAGAAAUAACAGCUGAGGGUAGGUGGACAAAACAAGCAUUUUGCUUUGGAUUUAAAUUUGUGGUGAAGAGAUUAUCAUAGAAACCAUGAACAUAAGAUCACCAGAUAAUUUCAAAUCAUUACAGGACAUUUUAUUUGAUCUGAUGUUGUCAUUAUUGUGUGCUUGUGAUGACAAUUGUUAAUUCACGUGUGAUGUUCAUGUGUCUGCAGAUGAGAAUUAUAGGGUAGAUUUAUAGUCUAGUUUUUGAGUGAUGGAUAUGUUAGUUUGUGGAGCAGUAUUUCUCUAUAGACCCCUCAAAGGGAUAUGUGCAAAAAAGGCUAGCCUUAAAACCUAUUUAUAGUUUCAAUUACCUGAAAAAAUGUAUUACAGAGAUUGAAUAGGAAUAUCCAUACCACUUCCAUAUUUAUCAUAGAAAUUUUUAAAGUUAACUCGGCAAUGGAAGUUACAAACAGAUGUGUUGUGUGUGUCAAAUUAUGUAUGUCUGUUGGGUGAUAUUCUAUUGACAAAGUUCUGUGAUAAGCAACACAAAUAAAAACUAGAGUAUAAACUAC